AUAGGGAAGAGGUUACUGUAUACUGUAAAGUAUAUCAGGCCAAGCUCAUUGUUGUUAACACACCACCAUGUGACUGUCGGUAACUUCACCACACUUCACAGCAGCAGUCGCUGACUCAACGCUGAUCCUGGACCAGCAUUUAAAACGAGUAUUUUAUUUCUACUGUAUGGGACUAUUUUUUUUACUACUUUAACCGUGUCAAAGUCUUUUCUGGAAAGCUCCGCGUUCACUUUCUCUGAGAUGUUUUGGUUCAAGCAAGGACUGUGCUUUCUACCAGUGUUUCUGGUCAUCUGGUCCUCCAGCACUUUCAUUAUUUCCUACCUUAUUGCGCUUUUCAGACAUGAUGUCGACAUAAUAUUCCCAUACAUAAGUGACACAGGUGCAAACCCCCCAGAGAGCUGCAUAUUUGGCCUGAUGACAUUCAUUUCUGCAUGUGCAGGAAUAGCCACCAUAUAUGCCCGGUACAAGUAUGUGGAGAAGCUGAGUGGGGACACAAGGGUGGUGAACCCUUGUCUCAAUAAAACUGCUUUUGUUCUUGGGAUUUUCUCCUGUCUGGGCAUGUGCAUCGUUGCAACGUUCCAGGAAACGGCAGUGACAGAAGUUCACGAUGUCGGAGCUCUAAUGUUCUUUGUCUCGGGCAUCUUGUACAUAAUACUCCAGUCUGUCAUAUCAUAUCAAGCCUAUCCAUUUGGAUCCUCCAUGAGUGUGUGUCGAGUGCGUUCCGGUAUCGCCACCAUUGCCUUUUUGGCUUUUUUCCCCACUUUCAUCUGUGCGUUCUUUGUGACACAAACCACGCUGCACAGACAGAAAGACGACAAGGACUAUCCCUUCCAUUUAGCCAGCGCUGUAUGCGAGUGGAUUGUUGCCUUCAGCUUCAUCUGCUACUUCCUCACAUACAUCGACGAUUUCAAGUUGUUUACCUUACGAGUGAAAACAGAAUUUCAGGAAUAGCCUUGAUGAGUCUGCAACUGCCAGUGAAAGUCCGUAUUUUCAAGUAAAAAUGUGCUUCAUUUGCUUUUGUAAAGCUUUUUAUGUAUUUUGUACAUUUCCAUUUUACACUGCAAUGCUUUUAUAAUAUUUUGCAUUUUGUAUGACCUGACUGAAAUUAUUGCUGGGUUGCAGGAGGUACAUUGUUAUUUAUACACUUUGAACUGGUCCUAGCAGAAACAAACUGAUCACAUCCUGUGUCUUUGUACCUUUUAUACGACCUGAAAUAAUUUUUUAUACUGUAAGUGUACUUAUUGUGACCUGUGUUCAAACAUUACUUUGCACUUUGCUCCUGACAUGAUGUUAACUUGCCAAACCAGCGUGACCCACCCUGUCCGACCUGUGACAAGUAAUAAGGAGAAGUUCAUCACACUGAGCACAUGAUAGCUCCACAUGUGGUUAAAUGAGCGUACCACUAAAACUGAUGUUUUGGGAGUUUACACUGAAACUGUCUGUAAGUUACCAGAAACCUGCCUGAAAUAUUACUUCAUAUGUGGUCAUUAUUCAAAUGCUGCCAGUAAUUCCUCAACCAAAGUUACAUUGCAUUUUUUACACAUUUUCCAUUUGUGUUGUCUUUGGAGUGCUAGACUGUUGUGACAACAAAUUAGGUAGAAAAAAAAAUCAACUUUCUGUGGAUGCUGUUAUUCAGAGUUUUGGUUCUUACUAUAUGCUGCUACAUGGUUCUACAGUGCAGCUAUGGGGGAGAUUUUGCUUGUAUCUACAGCCUGGAGACAGCGGGGAUUAGGCUACUUAAUUAAUUUGGUCAGUACGACAGCCAAAUUAAAUUGCUGUAAUAAAAUAAACCCGAAGCCUUUUAGAAUUUCAGUGUGCUUUCAUGCAGAUCAAUAACGCCUUUAUUUCUCUGCCUUAGAGCAGCACACACAAGUUUUAAACCGUUCAACUAGAGUGACCUUUCCUUUUAGGAAUUUAAUUUGUAGGAUUUCCGGUGGUCUGUUGAGGCAGAGGUUUCCAAAACUUCACACAUAAAAUGUAAUCGUCUGAACAAUACAAUUAUUUUGAGUAUCAGUGAAAAAAGUUUCUUAUAUUUUAACUUUUGACAAUAUAUUGUAACAGAUGUUAAUGGCGCAAGGACACUUAGAAGCUCUCUGAGACAAAUUAGUGAAUUUGGAAUAAAUAAAUAAAAAUUGAUUUGAAACAUGGGGAAGGAUUAGUGUAAGGCUGCUUGAGAUGUUUUUAAUCACCUUCAACAUAUUUCUCUCACAUGCUGGGAAGGCUUGUGACACCUUAUAUGCCGAGAAGAAUGUUUGUGUCAUAGUGUCGGCUGUUGGCCAAUUGAAAGAUCACUAUCACAUUUGAGUAUCAACUGAUGUAUUUUACCGGCCAGUACUUCUGGAGCAUCUCUUUCUAGAUAAAUGGUGAUAAAGGGAUGGGACUAACGUACAGUAUCUAUAAGAGAAUAUCCUAUGCCGUAAUGGUGGUCACAUGAACACACAUUAUUAACUUGUCCACCACAGAUACUGUAUUUACAAGGGAUAUAUUUGUUAUUCAAACACUUUAUUGGUACUGUUUUGCUCAUGAUUGAAUGUACUGCACAGACUAUGGUGCGUGGCUGAGCUGAAAAAUAAAGAUACACUUUUUUUUUUUAAAAA